CAGCUUCUGAGGGUCGUGUCCGCCGCGUGGGUUGGUCGCCGGGCUGCAGACAUUGAGGCAAAGUGUUUAGAACAGCGGUAUCGUGAUUUGCCUCCAACGGUGAAGACGGAGUUCAUCCAUCAGUUGAGCAUUUUUGUCAUCUGCAAAUAAUGUUGGCCAGGUAGCAAGUGAUGGGACUGGAGUAAGAAGAACCUGCUUCUGCCUCUGACCUGGUGUUACUGACACCAAAUGUGCAUGACUUUUCCCCCACACCGGCCAGUUCUCCAACUCCCUGGAUGUCCUACUGGGUGUCCUACAGUUCACCUCAGUUCUGGCACUACCAGGAUUCAGCAGAGACCUCCUCCGCCACAGGUUCUAGUAAUAGAAGAAGAAGAAGGAACAUUUCAGUAAUAGAAGAAGAAGAAGGUUCCAGGCUUGGGAGGUCAUCAUUUCUGGCAGCAGCCUGACCUGAGAUCUCUGAUCACAACUUCCAGGCAGGCCCACAGAGACAGAAGACAGAACACCAGAACACACCCUAGAGUUACAUGCCUUUUUUUUUUUUUUUUUUGGCCGAGCCGCUCGGCUUGUGGGAUCUUAGUUCCCCGACAAAGGAUUGAACUCACACCCUUGGCAGUGAAAGCGCAAGAGUCCUAACCACUGGACUGCCAGGGAAUUCCCGACACGCCCUUUCUUAAGAACUGGAGAAGAUGAUCAAGGUCCAGGCAUCUUUGUCAUUUGAGGACGUGGCUGUACGUUUCACCUGGGAAGAGUGGCAGUUACUGGACCCAUCUCAGAAGGACCUGUACAGAAAUGUCAUGUUGGAGAACUACUGCAACCUAGUGUCAGUAGGAUAUCAGACUCCCAAACCAGAUUCACUCUUCCAGUUGGAACAAGGAGAACCCCCAUGGAGGGUAGAGGGAGCAGGCCAGAGUCAAACCUGUCCAGCUUUCUGGAUCUGACUGCAGUUUGUCUCAUCCAGGACCCUGAGGUCUUAACCUGGUUCCAUUCCUCCCAGCAUGCCCCCUCAUGCCGUCUCCUUUUCUUUGUCUGCAGGGGCCUCACUUCCUGUUCUUCACCUUACCUGCUAUGAGAUACAUCUCACUACCUGUUCACAUUGCUUUGCACUUAGCGCUGCUCCCUACCUCUGCAAUAUCCCCAUCCCUUUUGAAAGGGCUGAUUAAUAUCAUUCCUUGACAAUCCACCUCAGCUUCAUUCAUCUGAAAACCACACACCCCUCGUAACCCAGGGCACCUCUGUCUACUAAUUCACCCUCUGCUUCCCAAGCUUUCAGAUUCUGUUUUUUUUUUUUUUCGUUUUUUUUAAUCUUCUGUUAAAAGUUUAAUUCAUUCUUAAGGCCUAAGAUUUCUGUUCUCUGCUGGAGAGUCCCACGUUGACUCCCGCUAAUAUAUGACCUGCGCUCUAAUAAUCUGUGUGUUGCCAGGCACCAGGGCCUCUGCCCUAUGAUAUUCUACUUCCUGUAUGUGAAACCAGAACCCUCCUUUCUCCCAGAUAAUGUCUUCACCAUCAGAGUGUGUAUUCGUAUAUACAGAAGAUUUAACCUCUCUGCACUCUAACAGGUAUUCCCACCUCUCUUUCUAUAGUCUGAUCUGCCCUCUCAUUCUAUAUUUUGCCUGCACCCAAGAUAUCCGUCCUGUGAAAUCCUUUUUCCUUCACCUUCAGGAAUGAGAUCACUUUUCCUCCUGGUGAAUCCUUUUCCUCCCUGUGCAUUUUAUUUAGGUUCUCCCGUACUGCUCUACACCCUGGUGCCCGGUCACCUUUGAGUUACCUUGAGUCUUUCCUAUUUACUCUGCUCUAUAUUUCUGAAGGUCUCUGCUGUUCCUAUUGAAUUUUGUUUUCAAAAUGCAUUUUGGAAAUUCCACCCUCUCAGGUCCCCUGAUGGCCAUGAUGAUAUAGACUUGCUUUGUUCCAAUUCCUACAUAUAUAGGUUGAUUUCAGUUUUUCUUUUAGCUCCCUUUGAGGUUCUGGUUGUAUUCCUCUGUGGAUAGGGGGCAUGGAAGCAGUGGGACUUGAUGAGAAAACAUGAGGAGUGAGAGUUGGUUGAGAAAACAAGAGGUCCACAUUUAUUUUUUGAAGUUGAGAAGAUAAGAACCCAGCCAAAUAAAAAGAAAAGCAUUGGGCUCUGGUAGAAACAGGGUCAGAAGAUGUCCUGGAAACAAGUGACAAAAUUACUCCAAAGAGGAGGAAGUGAUCUAUUUUGCUGAAUGCCACAGAUUAUGUCAAAUAACCCAAAGACUGGCAUCUACGCAUUUGAUUAUAUUGCAUUUUUACAUCCAGAUGCCGCCUUCUUUCACUCUGAGUUCUCUUUUUCUGUCUGUGAAGUUCAAGUGCACACUCAAAACUCCCUCUUUCCUGACUUCCUAUCUGUUUUCAUAUCUACACCGCACUAACUCGGUCCUGAUCGUAUAUUUUAUUGUAUUGUUUUACUGGUUGAUAUGAGGCUUUUUCCAUAUAGAGGAAAGGGUCUGUAUCUUAUUCUUCCUUACUUAGCGUAACCACAGAAUAAUUCACUGACAGUAUCACUUGCAUCCAUUUAUCACAUCUUUCAUGAAAGCAGGUUUGGUGGUCCCCCACCCUGCCCCUGGGUGCAUGGCUUGCCGGAUCUUAGGUACCAAACCAAGGGUUGAACCUGCACCCUGGGCAGUGAAAGCGUGGAGUCCUAACCACUGGACCACCAGGGAAUCCCCAAAACAGGUUUGGUUUGGUUGCAUUUUGGUUUUAAUUUUGCUUUUCAUCAGGGAUAUGUGUGAACUAUGUGGGAGCCUUUUCCAACUACAGGCUCUGUCUCUUGAGAUUCGGCUUCUGGUUUGCUAGGUGUGGGGAGUGACCAGAGCCUAUGAGGUAUUUGAAAGGCUUGCCAGGCAAUUCUGCUUUGAUCCCUGUCAUUGAAGAACCACAACUCUAAUGUGCUCUGAGGGAGAUGCAGAUGAAAUAAAAGACAAGUGUAAAAAUCUGUUGGAAAGGGUUGAUGUAGGUGCAUAAAAUUCUAAAAUUUUUAGCAUUUUAUUAUGAGGUAUAGACAAGGAUUGAUUUACAAAAUCAGAGAAAACAGAUUUGAUAAAGUGUUGCUGAGAAGAUAACGUGUGCUUCUUUUUGAAAGCAUUAUAAAAUAAUUUCUGCAAGAAAGAGAGCUGGGUUUUAAGUAAAAAUGUUGACAGAAGGCCUUGUGGGUCAGUAAUAAUGUAAAAAGAAGACUUUGGAGAUGGAAAUGAGGAAAGCAGUGUGGGAGAUUCUUAAUAGAUUGGCCUAUAGGAGACUGUCUGCAAAGAAAUGGCUGAUUACUCUGGGUUUUAUGUUAAUAAUUGGCUUAGAAAGUGUGAUUUUGGUUUUGUCUUGUCUUUUUUGGCUAGUUCUAUGUAGUCUUUCUUGAUAGCUGGGUGGUAAAAUUGUAACAAUGGGAAAAUAUAGCUUGGAGUUCUAGGAUGAGUGGAAGGUAAGGACAAUGAAUAUUUUCUUCAUCCUGGAUGGGAAUGAUUCUUCAGAAUCUCUUCAUUGACGGGUGACAGAAAUGAUGUAGGAACAGAGAUCAAGGAAGAAUCUGGCAUUAGUGGAAAGUAGAAAAUUUGGAGAUGAGUAUAUUAAACAUAUUAUAAUGGCAAAUAUAGGAUAUGAUGGUCUAUACCUGUGCUGUCCAGUGUGUUGGGCACUGGCCACAUGUGGGCUACUUAAAUUUAACAUUUAAUUAAAUUUCAUUAACAUUCAGUAAAAUUACAAAUUUAUUUCUGUAGUCAACUCUAGCCACAUUCAAGUGCUCAACAGCCAUACAUGGCUAGUGGCUACCAUAUUGGAAAACACAGAUAUAGAAUAUUUCCAUCACUGCAGAAAUUUUUAUGGGGCAGCUCUAUAUACAGUUACAUUAUGAUUGAAGAAGGUGGUAUUUCCACCAGUCAGUACAUGGGAUGUGGGUAGAUGGCCCAAGGACUUAUUUUUAAAUUUCAGAUGGUUAUAUGUGUGUCUGGAUAUAUUAGAUCAUGUGAGGUUGUAUCAUACCUAAUAGAAAAUUGGAGUAUUAUCUACAAUAUUACUAUUAAAUAAGUGAUUGGUGUCUUAGAAAAGUUUCAUUUUGGUGUGCAGUCAGAAUGAGAGGGGAACGAUUUAGUAACAAGGCGAUUAUUGAAUAUUUUACCUCAGUACUCUUGGAUCGCACUCUGUAGAUCCUACAUUCUGAUUUUCCAGUUGUAACCCUUUGUUACUAAAACCCAUGUUGCUUAUUUGUUUGAUCAGCAUAGAUACGGUUUGAUGUCUCUGGAUGGACUUUUCAUGUUCUCUGCGUAUUCCUCUCCCCAAACUCUAAAACUAGGAAUGCCCUUGUCCUGGGCUCUCCCCUUUCUCUACUCAUUCUUCUUAAAUUAUCUCAUUUAGUUUCAUGCAGUCCAGAUAUUUAAAAAAUAUUUGUAUACUCAUGACUUAAAAUUCUUAUCUUAAGUCUAAAACUUUCUCCACACUCAUAGAUCCAGCCAAGUACAUCAUAUUUUCUCUUGAGUGUGUAUUAGUCAUCUCAAACAUGAUGUGUACCUCAAAAUGGAGCACUUGAUAUCCCACAGAUGCCAAACCUAUGUCUUUAUUCUUCCUCGUCUUAUUAAAUGGCACCAGCUCCUAAACAGAUGCUUCAGCCGCAUCUUGAGGCCCUGUCCUUGAUUCUUCCCUUUUCUACCUCCAGAGUUCAUUGUGAUGGUGAGUCUUAGCUUUCCUUCCUCUAUACUUAUCUUUUCUUCCUCCAUCAUGCAUAAUUUGUUUUUGUACAUUUUUUCAUCUCCUUGGUAGUCAUCCAUGCUGAGGCUACUGUUAUCUCUUGCUGGAACUCUACCAUAGCCUCCUGUGUGUUUUCUCAACAAUUUUAUUUCUCCAAUUCAUUCUUCCUAUGAGUCAUGUGACCUUUUGGAAAUAUCAAUUCAAAACCUGUUGUACUUCUGUCAAAAAUUUUUUGGUUGCUUCCUGCUAUUGUUCUUAGCAUAAAAUCCAGUUUUUAACAGUUUACAAGAUCUAUACACUCUCAAUUCUACAGACCUUUCCAAACUUAUCUAUUUCUACUUCCCUCAAGCUCAGGAUAGUCCAAGUAUGCCAGCCUCCCUUAUGUUUCUCUAUCAUGCCUAAGUUUUUUUUGCCUUUGAGUUUUUGCAUUGCCUGUUUCCUCUUGGAAUAGUCUUCAUGUAGUUAUUUGCAUAACAUUGCUCAUUCUAGUCCUGUGAUGUCAGCUUAACUUUUUUUUCUCUUGAGGAUGACUACUUUGUCUAAGAUUGACCUUGCACUACUCUAUCACCUCUUUCAUACCAUUUUUCAUGUUCUAUAAUUUUCUUACUACUUUGAUUACCUCUUGAUUCUUGCUCUCUUUCUCUUUUGUUACUAGAAUGACAGCUCCAUGGAGACAGAAUAUAUUAGUCAAACUGUAGUAACAUACUAAUUCUAAUAUUCUAAUAUAUUAUUCUAAUAUUCUAGUAUAUUCCCAAACACCAACCCAUUCAGUGUUUUUUGGAUGGAUGGAUCCAUCCCUUCCAUCUUCUUUUUUUGUAUUCCAGUCACAGUGUGGUUCUAUUUCUACUUCUGUCCCCAUUUUGCGAGGUUCUAUUUGGAAAGCAGCCCACAUUAUAUUUAUUCAUUGUAGACUGCCCAACUUUGUUUCUAAAAUAGCUGUUUUUCCUUUUACUGUUUUAUAAUAUUGUCUCUUUUUAAAAAAUAUUUAUUUAUGGGCUUCC